CAUCGUCUCCGUCGACCAAAAGCGAAGAUCGAAGCCUGACUACUACUCUCAACGCCAAGACCUGUACACUGACCUUCAAGAUGUGCCAUAAGGCUACCUGCUCUGAAUGCCACAAGACUACAUGGUGGGGCUGUGGAAACCACGUCCCCGGCGUCAUGGACAAAGUCCCCCAAGGCGAAUGGUGCACAUGCGAGCCUAAAGUCGAGAAGGGCGGGCACCAGUACCCUCCCUCAGGGUCGCCUACCGCCUGACUAGCCGGCCUUACGAAGUGGUUCAAGGGGUGACGGAGAGAACAAAGGAGGAUAGAAAAGGAAGAGAGGCUGUGCAUAGAAAAGCUGGAAUGGAAACGCGGAAGGAUAG